GACUCUCACGAUCUCUUCUCUCUCUCUCUCUCUCUCUUAUAACUCGGAUCACCACAUGACUCAAUCUCCUCCUCCUUCCCGUUAAAACACAGAACCAAACUCCCUAAAGGUUCGGUUCUUUUUUUUCUUCUUUUCUCCUUCUCUCUCCGAUACAUUUUGGAAACAAACUUCUCAAGGCUUUUUUUGAGAAGGGAGGAGGGGGAGGAAGACGAGUUGAUCUGAUCUGAUUUUGAUUUGAUGUCUGGAGCUGUAUCUGGUUCCAGGGACAUGGGGUUCGACGACGAAAACACUUCCAAAACGUCUCAUCAACACGAUGGCACCGACGACGAGGGUGCUACUGGAUCCUUGGGGAGGCAAAUGAGCGAAGCCUCUCUUAGCGCUGCCGAGGAAGAAGAAGACGAUGAUUCCAAAUUACAAUUGGGUCCUCAGUACACUAUCAAGGAACAUCUCGAGAAGGAUAAGGACGAUGAGAGUCUGAGGAAGUGGAAAGAACAGCUUCUCGGAAGUGUUGAUGUCACCAACAUUGGAGAGACUCUUGACCCUGAAGUGAAGAUCAUUAGCUUGGCCAUCUUAUCCCCCGGAAGACCUGAUAUCGUUCUUAUGGUUCCGGAGAAUGGGAAUCCAAAGGGGAUGUGGUUUACUUUGAAAGAAGGGAGCAAGUACAACUUGAAGUUCACGUUUCAUGUUAAUAACAACAUUGUCUCUGGUCUUAGGUACACCAAUACUGUUUGGAAGACCGGUGUUAAAGUGGACAGAGGAAAGGAAAUGCUUGGAACCUUUAGUCCUCAGUCGGAGCCAUACAACCACGUGAUGCCUGAAGAGACCACUCCUUCUGGCAUGUUUGCUCGAGGAUCAUAUUCUGCAAGAACUAAGUUUCUUGAUGAUGAUAACAAGUGCUACUUGGAGAUCAACUACAGCUUCGACAUCCGUAAAGAAUGGGCUGCGGUUUGAAACUCGAGAACAAAGUCUCCUGAGAUGAAGUGUUUGUCAGUAGAAGUUGUGUGUUUGUUAUUUCACUCCCUAUCUCCUUUUUUCUCAUCGUUGAACAUAUUAUUGUGAAUCGUUUUUUUUCCUCUUCCGGUUAUUAUCGUAGAACAAGAGCGACAUUUAUUUCCUCUUUGGUCUUGAUUUUUUUUGUCGAGUAAGAAAGACAGUGAUUGUUCUCAAGUCAAUCUUUAGCUUCAUAAAAUGUGUUUGAUGGA